AUGCUGCGGUAUCGGGAAAUACAUGAUUUGGUUCAUACUUUGCUUGGUCAACCUACUGACAUGCUUGGUGAAGUCGUUGUUAAAUGGGUAGAAGGCAUACAAACUCUUCUCCCUAUGUGUUUAACUGGUGGUCACUUUGGUUCUCUGCGCCUCGCACCCAAGCAAACGGAGUGUUUUGUAAGAAGUCAUCUAGAGUAUGCCAUUCGUACCGGUAGAGAAGCGCGUUUUCUAAUGUGUGUUUACUUCGAAGAACAUUGGGAAGACAAUUUGGAAGAUUUACGGUCAUCUUUAAAUAUUCAGUCGCCUCCACCUCCCAGAAAACUGGAUUGA